AUCACGGUUGCAUCUCGCUGCCAAUUAUUGUGCAUUUUUGAGUUUAUUUGUGAUCUAUCGGCGUCUGCAAAGUGAAAGGAAGUGUUCCCUUGUCAUCCCGGGUUAUCGUGAGCGGUAUUCGGUAGCGUGGAGCGCGGUUCCUCGCCAAUUCCGGCGAAAACCGAAUUUUCGAACUCCUCGACGACGCCACGUGUUGGUAAUUCGUUAACGGUCACCUCCCUCUAACGAUUCGGCUUUCAAUAUUCGAAACGGGCACCUCGGUUUUCAUCGAGACGCUUAUAUUCGGACUUCCGCGUGAAUUUCUCAGGUCAUAACUCUGUGUGUGUGUGUGAACAAACAGCGUGGGUGAACCUCGAGUGUCGUGCCGAGAAAACGAACUGUAAUUAUUGCCCGCGUGACCUCCGUCGCAAGGUGUAACGGCCGGCCUCCUCAAUUUUGACUUUUGGUUUCUUUUAAUAAAUUGACCACCAAGACUACCUCGUGUGUUUUCAGUUUUUUUUGUGUGUACGGACGCUACCCCGGCUCCCCUCAUCCUCCUCGAGACAAAGUGGUCCUUCGAGCCGGAUACGGUAAGAACGGUUAGUGCGUGAGUGCUCUCCUCGUGCCGGACGUUCAGCAAAAUGGCCGCCUCUGCCCUUGAAGACAAAUUCGAUCUACAGGCGUCGCGUCUCACGGUCAUCCUCUCGAUGGCCACGAAGGCUAAGGAGGGCGCCUUUGAAGAUUACUGUCUCUCGGCGCUGACACAAAAGGAAGGCUUCCUUGACGGGCACCUCACCAAUUUCGAGGCCCUCCACGAGAAGUUGUGCGAGACCGAGGUGGAAGGCCUCACGGAACACCCCUACUUCAAGGAGCAGACGUAUGUGCGAGCCAUCGAAGCCUACUCCUCCGCGAAGUCAAUACUCACGACCCUACGUGAAAAACGGGAAAAGGCCUCACCACAUACCGCGGAUCGCCUCGCAAGGAGCUCACUCAUGGCCGCCUCGGGAGGGGUACGAAGAUUUCUCCCCAAAAUUCAGCUCCCGAUAUUCGCCGGAAGUAUAUACGGAGUGGCGCCCUUUCGCCGACCUGUUUUCGGCACUGGUAGGGGACAGCGUCGACUUGGAACCGGUCGAAAAAAUGUUUUAUUUGAAGGCCAGCCUCACCGGAGAAGCCUCUCGCCUCGUUGCGAGCAUCCCCGUGAGUGGGGAUGCCUUCACUCAUGCCUGGGAGACACUGACUCGCCGCUAUGAGAGUCGCCGCUUCCUGAUCUCCGCACAAGUUGAGCGCCUCGUGAACGGGACACCGCUUCCUCCAAAGUCCUCGCAGGCCCUCAACGGUCUCCUCUCGGAGGCGAAGGGGGCUCUCGACGCCCUUAAGGGCCUCCACGUCCCAGUGGAGCACUGGGACGUCAUCUUGGUGCACCUGCUUGUGCGCCGUUUGGAUCCCCUCACGCGCGAGGCCUGGGAGAACCACAUCGGGCGCAAGGACGAGCACCCUUCCUGGAAAGACCUCCAGGAUUUCCUUAUUGGACGGGCUAGAGCACGGGAAACCCUCGAGCUCUCCCGUGACGAGACUUCAGGGUCGAGAGUACCGGCCACCUCAGGACGUCCUUCGAUCGCCUCUCGGUCUCCACCCAGCGCUGCACGAGCUACCUCACGACCACCUCCAGCCGUCGCCAGACGGGCCUAUCAUGCUGCAGAGCUACCUCCGAAUUAUAAAGACGGUCUCUGCGGUAUAUGCGGAAAGCGGCAUUACAUAACCGAGUGCGCGGAGUUCCACGCGCUCCCGGUGAUCAAGCGCCGACGUGUGGCAGUGCAGCACCGCCUGUGUUAUCCUCCAAGAGGAGUCACCUCAAUCGGCCCUCCUCCAAUCAUCGGUUCUCCUCGCCAGCUCCAGGGGUCUCCUCGUCGCACCUCAGGGACGGACUCAUCCGGUUAGGAUGCUCUUGGAUUCCGGUUCGGAACUCUCGUUUAUCUCGGAGAGGUUACCUCAACUCGGUUACGUCAUCUUUCAGGAUUGCAACUUUCGGAUCCGGACUUCCUCGUUCCCGGCCCCAUUGACAUCAUCUUGGGAGUCGAUGUGUUCGGCCAGCUCCUCUUGCCGAAAAUGGUUAAA